GGCCCUGGCCCUGGCCUUGCCCCAUAGCGCCCCGUUCGGGCUAUGACCCAGCCUGGCAGCGGGGGGCCCUGGCCCUGCCCCAUAGCGCCCCGUUCGGGUGUGACCCGGCCUGGCAGCGGGGGGCCCUGGCCCUGCCCCAUAGCGCCCCGUUCUGGCUGUGACCUGGCCUGGCAGCGGGGGGGCCCUGGCCCUGGCCCUGGCCUUGCCCCAUAGCGCCCCGUUCGGGUGUGACCCGGCCUGGCAGCGGGGGGCCCUGGCCCUGCCCCAUAGCGCCCCGUUCGGGUGUGACCCGGCCUGGCAGCGGGGGGCGCUGCCCCAGCCCCAUAGCGCCCCGUUCUGGCUGUGACCUGGCCUGGCAGCGGGGGGGCCCUGGCCCUGGCCUUGCCCCAUAGCGCCCCGUUCGGGUGUGACCCGGCCUGGCAGCGGGGGGCCCUGGCCCUGCCCCAUAGCGCCCCGUUCGGGCUAUGACCCAGCCUGGCAGUGGGGGGCCCGGGCCCUGGCCCUGCCCCAUAGCGCCCCGUUCGGGCUGUGACCCGGCCUGGCAGCGGGGGGCCCCUGCCCCAGCCCCAUAGCGCCCCGUUCUGGCUGUGACCUGGCCUGGCAGCGGGGGGGCCCUGGCCCUGGCCUUGCCCCAUAGCGCCCUGUUCGGGCUGUGACCCGGCCUGGCAGUUGGGGACUGAACCCACAGGCAUGCUCAGGGGUGGUUUUGUCUCCCUGCGCCAUUUUGACGUUGUGUCUAGUAACACUUUGGAUCUCAGACAAAAGAACCCCUGUCUGUAUGGGGGAGGGAAACCCCAUAUUUAUCCACAGCUCUUGCUAGUGCUCAGCCAACAGCGCCAGUGGGUAGGGCCCUGCCCUGCACCUGAGCUGUUCUGGGUGGUAAAGGCAGGAAACUUCCCAUGUCUGUGGAAGCCACGAUGGGGAUGCACUGGUGAGAGCCCCCGAAGGGUGUGAAUGCCCUGGGUUGUGCCAGUCGUGCUCUGGGGCCUGGUUCUCUUUUACGCCCUGGGUAGUUCUUUGUGCCAGUGCACAGAGGGUGCUGAGUGCCACCUGGUCAUGAUGAGGGAGUUUCACCCACACUUUGCCCUGGCUUAAAUGGCUGCUCAGGGCAAUGAGGAAUCAGGUGCCCUUUGUGCCAGCGAGGUUGAUGCCAAGGGGCUGUUCCGGGAAUAGCCCCGGCCUUUACACCUCCUCUGCAGCAGCUCUGGGCACAGGGGCCAUCCUGGAGGGAAGGGUUAGAGGAAGGGAGCAGCUGGUGGUGGGAUGAAUUGGGGCUGGUUCUGCACCCCAGUGAUUCUGCACCCCUGCAAACCCCAUAGGGCUCAUUGAGGUAGGGGCACAAUGUCAGGCAGCUCUUGGGGCCCUGCUUCCCUCAUACCUUGAGUAGGGGAGGCUGCAGCUUCUUGGACCAGGUGGAGGGAGGGAUCUGAUUCAAAGAAGGAGAAUUAGGAUGAACCUCUGGAGCAGGGGAGCUGAAUGGCAGGUGCCAGAUGGAGUGAGGCAGUGACAGCUCUGCCGAUUGCUUUGUUUCCAUCAGCUGUUGGCGCAAGACGACCCAUAGCACGUACUGAACCCUUGGAAGACUGGGUGUGCUCCAGACUGGAUUUGCCUCUGGGAGUUUCUCUUCCUCCCCUGGGGCCUGGUGUCUCCCUGCCCCGCCGCAAUCUGCCCAAGGCCAGUGGGAAUGGCCUGUUGCGGUGAUCGUUGGAAUUCCAGCAGCAGGGUUGCGUCUGGCUGUGUGCACCUGCCCAUGUGUGUCGUGGCUUCGGGGAGCAGUGCUGGCUCUCUGUGACUUGCAAAGCUUUGUCUGCUUGGUCUCCCGUCAGUGGGAAGAAUGGGCUCAGUUUCGGAGCUGCUCACAGCAGUUCCCCUUCACCAGAGGCCGGAUCUGGUGGAGGUAUGCGCUGAGCUUAUCAACGAAGAGUGGAAGAAAAGCAAGACCUCUCGCAUGUACUCACUCCAGAAGUCCACAGACAACUUCCCCACGUGUCUGGUGCUGAUUAGAACCCAGAGGGCCGCAGAGGCUGCCGAGGAAGGGAAAAUGGCGAAGACCCAGCUCCUUGGGCACGCCAGGUUGUCCCGCGUAGUCAGCCAGCCCGAGAGCUUGUUUGUGGAAACGGUUGUGAUCUCCAGGGCGCUGCGGGGCCAGGGGUACGGCCGGAAGCUGAUGGAAGCCACCGAGUGCUACGCCAAGUCCCGUGGCUUCAGGCACCUGCAUCUCACCACACAUGACAAGCAGCACUUCUAUGCCCACCUGGGCUACACUGCAUCUGAGCCGGUGCAGAGCAUGGGGUUCAUGAGCUCCGUGGUCCCCAUGGAGUUCCUGCAGAUGUUCUCCAGUCCCCCUCCUCACACUAGAGCACCUGCAUGGGGACCGGGAAAGCCCAGUCCCACCACCUCCCAUCUUAACAGCAGAACUUCAGGAGCCAACCGGCCUCCACUACCGUCCUCCACACCCCCUGCCCACUGCACCGCCACUGUAUGCCCACCACCACCUCCGCCACCAUUGCCGCCAUCUCUGUCUCCACCGAUCUGCUCUUUAAACUCCUCACAAUCUGCCAUUCCCCCUCCACUCCCUUUGCUGCCUUCACCUCCCCAUGCUUCCCCUUUCCGUUGCCGGAUCGCUGCUGCUGGGCUGCCUCCACCUCCCCCUUUACCUCCACCAGCUGCCCAUGUAAGCUCUGCACACCUUCUGCCCCCUCCCCCUGGUCCUCCACCAUGCCACCUCCCUCUGCCAGGCCAGCCAGGUUCUCCUGGCCCCAUUGCCUCCAGUUCACCAGGGGAGGAUCCCUAUGGUCAGACCCUCCUGGAGACACCGUACCGCGAUCUCAGAGGGCUCCCCAUCUUCUGGAUGAAGAAGGACAUUUGACUCCUGCACAGUGUGCCAAUGGGAUGCGGAUUAAAAGUUGGGGUUGGGGAGAAUUCCCCUCCCCCCGCCUUACCCACUG